UUUUGUGAGAUUGGAAAGGCAGAGGCUGAAGUGAAUUCCGAAUGUACCCAGUUCAAACCGGUCCGCAAACUCUCCAAUCUCCUGUGGCCCCAACCUCCUUCCCCCUUCGGCGCCGCCGUGGCCCUGCCGCCGUCCAUCAUUCUCACUCUUCCGUCUCCAAGGCCGACAGGAAUCCUCUAAUCCAAUCUCUCUGCAAGAAGGGCCAGCUAAAACCCGCUAUCCACUAUCUGUCCCUGGAGCAGAACCCUACCCAGCACACAUACGAGAUUCUGCUGCAAUCCUGUGUGCAACAUAAGAGUCUGUUGGAUGCCUUCGACGUCCACAGGAAGCUCAUUGAUGAUGGAUUCGACCAGGAUCCUUUCUUGGCGACAAAGCUCAUCAAUGCGUAUUCGGAGCUCGACUCCCUACAGCACGCCCGCCAAGUGUUCGACGAAUUGCCGCGCAGAACCAUAUAUGUCUGGAACGCAAUUUUUCGUGCCCUCUGUCUCUCCGGGUAUGGCGAAGAGGUUCUGAGUCUGUACAGGAGAAUGAACAGAAUUGGUAUGCCUUCAGAUAGAUUCACCUACACGUAUGCGCUUAAAGCGUGCGUUGUUUUGGACUCGGACUCGCUUCUUCGUGCGCUGGGCUGGGGUAAGGAAAUUCACGCCCAUGUUCUACGCCAUGGUUACGAAAGCCAUAUCCACAUCAUGACUACUUUGGUAGAUAUGUACGGGAAAUUUGGGUACGUGGAGAGUGCCAGCCGUAUAUUUUCCGCAAUGCCUGUGAAGAAUCUGGUUUCCUGGACUGCAAUGAUUGCCUGUUUUGCCAAGAACAGCCGGGCUUUUGAAGCGCUAGAGCUUUUCCACCGGAUGAUACUCGAAAGUGAGGAGGAUAUGUUGCCUAACUCUGUGACUAUGGUCAGUGUGCUUCAAGCUUGCGCAGCCCUGUCUGCGUUGGAGCAGGGGAAGUUGAUUCAUGGAUAUAUACUCAGGAAAGGCCUCGAUUCGAUUUUACCGGUUAUGAGUGCCCUUAUUACAAUGUAUGCUAGGUGUGGUAAACUAGAUUUGGGGGAAAGGGUUUUCGCUCAAAUGGAUAAAAGGGAUAUUGUUGCGUGGAAUUCCAUGAUUUCGGGUUAUGGAAUUCAUGGCUUAGGAUUGAAAGCUAUUGCAGUUUUUCAAGAGAUGGUGCGGCAAGGUGUGUCGCCUAAUUCAAUAUCAUUUAUUAGUGUUUUGGGAGCUUGUAGUCAUUCGGGACUUGUUGAAGAGGGAAAAUCUUUAUUUGAUUCUAUGGUGAAAGUGCAUGGAAUUCGUCCUAGUGUGGAGCAUUAUGCUUGUAUGGUUGAUCUUCUUGGCAGAGCUAAUAGAUUCGAUGAAGCAGUUAAGCUCAUAGCAGAUUUGCGGGACGAACCAGGACCUAAGGUUUGGGGGUCCCUUCUUGGAUCGUGCAGAAUCCACUGCAAUGUUGAACUUGCUGAGAGAGCGAGCCAGAGGCUUUUCGAACUGGAACCAAAAAACGCUGGGAAUUAUGUUCUUCUAGCCGACAUUUACGCAGAAGCAAGAAAAUGGGAUGAAGUCAAAAGAGUGAAGAAGGUUUUGGAUGCCAAGGGCCUGCAGAAGGUCUCCGGUUGUUGCUGGAUAGAAGUGGGAAGAAAAAUUUACUCCCUCAACUCUGUGGAUGAACUAAAUCCCCAAAUCGAGCAGAUCCAUGCUUUUUUGGUAAAGUUAUCCGAGGAGAUGAUGGACAUGGGGUACAUGCCUGAGACAAAAGUUGUUCUUUACGACCUUGAUGUUGAGGAAAAGCAACGAAUCGUGUUGGGGCAUAGUGAAAAAUUAGCUGUUGCAUUCGGUUUGAUAAAUUGCAGCAAAGGAGAAACAAUCAGGAUUAGCAAGAACUUGAGGUUGUGCGAGGACUGCCACUCCUUCACUAAGUUCAUCUCUAAGUUUGCGCGGCGAGAAAUUUUGGUUCGCGACAUUAAUCGCUUCCACCAUUUCAAGGACGGGGAGUGCUCGUGCCGGGAUUAUUGGUGAUAACUAAUUAAUUCAUGUGCUGCUGGACCUCCUCUUCUCAAGUUAGUGUUUACUUGCUUUCUGAAAACUAUUUGUAGCUUAGCUUGGUCCCAAUACUGGUUUCAUGUAAUUACACUGGAAUUUAUUUAUUUAUAGGACAACAAAUAAAUACCUUCAUUUCAUAGUUUGCUGUCCGUUGUCGGAAACACUAAUGGUCAUAAGUUCAACCUCUACCGUUAGUCAUGCCCUUACGGACUAUAAUUUAAUUGGUUCUUAAUUUAAGAAAAUGUAAUCAAUUACCCUAUGGAGCAUUACUUGAUAUUUUUAAUAA